CGUCUUUCCCGCCGCGGGCGGGGGCGGGGCCGCUCGGGCCACGCCCCCGGCAGGCCCCGCCCCCACAGGUUGAUGGCAGCGGCAGCUGGGACUGCAGCGGCGCCGGGCCCCUGAGAGCCUCGGGCACGGCCGGAGAGCGGAGCCCAGUCCCGGCCCCAGACGCCGCCGACGCUCAGUGGGGCACUGCCGGCGCCCCGGCGCCUCCCCCAGCCCCCGGCGCACCCGCCGUCCGCUCCGCAGAAGAAUCGCAGCGUGGGCGCCCCGGAACCUGCUCGAGACCAGCUCACAGAUCUAAGGACCAAAGGCAUUUCUGGGCCCCACCAUGAGCCGGCGCGUGGUCCGGCAGAGCAAGUUCCGGCAUGUGUUCGGGCAGGCAGCGAAGGCAGACCAGGCCUAUGAGGACAUCCGGGUGUCCAAGGUCACGUGGGACAGCUCCUUCUGUGCCGUCAACCCCAAAUUCCUGGCUAUCAUUGUGGAGGCUGGAGGUGGGGGCGCCUUCAUCGUCCUGCCACUGGUCAAGACAGGGCGAGUGGACAAGAAUCACCCUCUGGUCACUGGGCACACAGCCCCUGUGCUAGACAUUGACUGGUGUCCGCACAAUGACAACGUCAUCGCCAGUGCCUCAGAUGACACCACUGUCAUGGUGUGGCAGAUUCCAGAUUAUACCCCAGUGCGCAACAUCACUGAACCCAUCAUCACCCUUGAGGGCCACUCCAAACGCGUGGGCAUCCUCUCCUGGCACCCCACGGCCCGGAAUGUUCUGCUCAGCGCAGGUGGAGACAAUGUGAUCCUCAUCUGGAACGUGGGCACUGGGGAGGUGCUCCUGAGUCUGGACAACAUGCACCCUGACGUCAUCCACAGCGCGUGCUGGAACAGCAUCGGCAGCCUGUUGGCCACCACCUGCAAGGACAAGACCCUGCGCGUCAUCGACCCCCGCAAAGGCCAGGUGGUGGCGGAGAGGUUUGCGGCCCACGAGGGGAUGAGGCCCAUGCGGGCCGUCUUCACGCGCCAGGGCCACAUCUUCACUACGGGCUUCACCCGCAUGAGCCAGCGAGAGCUGGGCCUGUGGGACCCGAACAACUUUGAGGAGCCAGUGGCCCUGCAGGAGAUGGACACCAGCAAUGGGGUGCUGCUGCCUUUCUACGACCCGGAUUCCAGCAUCGUCUAUCUGUGCGGCAAGGGCGACAGCAGCAUUCGGUACUUCGAGAUUACGGACGAGCCCCCUUUUGUGCACUACCUGAACACCUUCAGCAGCAAGGAGCCACAGAGGGGCAUGGGGUUCAUGCCCAAGCGGGGCCUGGACGUCAGCAAGUGUGAGAUAGCCCGGUUCUACAAGCUACAUGAAAGAAAGUGUGAACCCAUCAUUAUGACUGUGCCCCGCAAGUCAGACCUCUUCCAGGACGACCUCUAUCCAGACACGCCGGGUCCCGAGGCGGCCCUGGAGGCAGAAGAAUGGCUCUCGGGCCAGGACGCUGAGCCCGUGCUCAUCUCACUGAGAGACGGUUACGUGCCCCCCAAGCACCGCGAGCUCCGGGUCACCAAGCGCAACAUUCUGGACGUUCGCCCGCCUGCUGGCCCCCGCCGCAGCCAGUCGGCCAGCGACGCCUCCUUGUCGCAGCCCACCCUGGAGACGCUGCUGGAGGAAAUCAAGGGCCUCCGAGCGCAGGUGCAGGCACAGGACCAGCGCAUCGCGGCCCUGGAGAACAUGCUAUGCGAGCUGGUGGACGGCACGGACUAGCGCGGCAGCGCGCGGGGCUGCAGGGCAGAGCCCAGGGGCGCCCCAAGAUCCGCCUCGCUGCCGCGCAGGCGCGCGCACCCCAAACGCCUCUCCAGGCUGGGGCGGGGGACGGGGACUCUGGCCCUCUCGAGAGUCCUGGACUCACAAACCGUCACCAGCUCUACCCCCAGCCCGGACUAGCGUCGGUCUGGAGCCCUCGGGGCAGCGUGCGUCUUCAGGGACUCGCAGGAGCUGGCCUUGCGGGUGACGAGGCCUCGGCGACGACGGUGCUGCGCUGCGAGCCUUGGGGAUUGGGGGAAGGGUUUGCGCUUCACGUCCAAGGGGUGGCGAUUAGAUGGGUCUCCUCAGAGUGGCUGGAGUGAUGACAGCGCGUCUUUCCUCUGAUCACCGCACCCGACCCCACCACCCCCCUGCGUGGGGAGCCCGACUUGGCUGUAAAACCAUGCCGUCCUGGCCCCCGCCUCCGGCUCUGUCCGGCAGCCUCGGGCAGAGGGCUUUCUUCUUUCCACCCGCAGGGGAGAGGGCGGCUUCCCCGCGGCACCCCAGCCGGAGAACUAACGGGAGAACCGGUGCAAGGAAGCAGGUUCACAUCCCCGGCCCUCGGCGCCACCUCCCGGAGGAAAUCCAGACGCACCGCGCGAAAUGCUAGUUUCUAAGUGCCCAGUCUGUACCUCCUGGUGGGGGGUGGCCAGGGAGAACCCCUUCUCGGCGCACGCCCAGGGCC